CACAACUGACAUGACAUCCUGCCUACUGUACAAGUCUUGAUUUUAACGCGCGCGCGGUAGGUCAUGUGACUUUCACGUGGUUUGUACGCCAUUUGCUUGUAGAAUGGGAAAAUUAAACGUCACGUUGCUGAGGUAUAUGUCAAAGGAUGACUUCAGAGUUCUUACGGCGGUAGAAAUGGGAAUGAAGAACCACGAAGUUGUGCCAGCUUCUCUUGUUUCUUCUAUUUCUAGUUUGAGAGCUGGCGGGUGUGUGAAGAUACUAAGAGAAUUGGUCCGACACAAACUUGUUUCGUACGAACACAGCAAACACUGUGAAGGGUAUCGUUUGACCUUCCUCGGUUACGAUUACUUGGCCCUAAAAGUGUUUGCGAAUCGGAACGCAGUACAGUCGGUGGGAAAUCAGAUUGGUGUCGGGAAGGAGUCGGAUGUGUACAUCGUUGCGAACGAUUCAGGACAACAACUUUGCCUCAAACUCCACAGGCUGGGGAGAACUUCGUUUCGGAAACUGAAGGAAAAACGUGACUAUUUGAGGCAUCGUCAUUCCACUUCGUGGAUAUAUCUGUCGAGAUUAGCUGCCACGAAAGAGUUUGCGUACAUGAAAGCUUUGCACGAUCACGGAUUUCCGGUUCCUACACCAAUAGACUGCAACCGAAACUGUGUUGUCAUGGAACUCUUGAAUGGCUAUCCAUUACAUCAGGUCCAUGAGGUAGUAGACCCGCCUGCUCUCUACCACGAGUUGAUGGAACUCAUUGUGCAUAUGGCAAGCUAUGGACUGAUUCACGGCGACUUCAAUGAAUUCAAUUUGAUGUUGGAUGACAAGGAUCGUGUGAAAGUCAUAGACCUUCCUCAGAUGGUAUCAACAUCACACUUGAAUGCAUCCUGGUACUUCGAUCGAGAUGUGCAAUGUAUUAGAGACUUCUUUAGGAAGCGAUUUGGUUAUGAAAGUGAAACGUGUCCACCGAUCUUGAGUGACGUGGAGCGAAAAGGGACCUUGGAUGUGGAGGUGCAGGCCAGUGGAUUUACAAAAGACCUUGAGAUCAGUUUUGAUGAGGCUCGUGAGAAAUUGGGCCUGCUGCAGGUGAGUGGUGGAGGUGAACAAGAUGAGAGUGAAGAUGUGGUUUCGGAUGAGGCAGCUGAUGAAUGUGACGAAGAACUUGAUAAUACAGAGUGUCCCAUUUCUAGUGCAGAAGUCGUCAGAGAUGAAUCAGACGAACAGUUAGACAAGGAACUAACCGAUCCUGAUGGCUUUGUACCACCAACGACAGCCAUACAUGAACAAAAUGAUCUAGGAACGAGUGAUGUCAAUGACUGUGACGACAAUGACGAUGUCGAUAAUACUGAUAAUGACCAGGAGGUUGACGCCGAGCACCAAGAUCUAUUGCAAGAGCAAUUGAAAAUUUCUACUAACAGAGACUUCCUUCCUCAUAGAGACAGAGACACAUCAUCGACCCAAAGUCAAGAGCUACAAGUCAGAACUCAAGCAGUCAGUCCGAGACAAAUGGAUGCCACCUCCAUACGUCAGAGAGUCAAACAGAGUGCCAAAAAGCUGAGGGCAUCACAAGCGGUCAAACCGACUCGAACGAAACGCGAAGCAAAACAGAAGACCGAGAAGAAGAGAAUACAGAGAGAUGCAGUCAGAGAGUUGUGGGACUGGUAAGGUGAGUAAGACUGUCACGACCGACUUGCUAUACAAAAACAUUUCGAUAGUGGUAUGUCAUAACGUACAAUGUAUAUUAGAAUAGAUGGUCUAUUUGUAUGUGUACUGUUUAAGUUAAGGAAUUGUCGUGGUAAAGUGUCUCGAA